GGCGCCGGCGCGGCCGAGGAGUGCGCGGGGCUGCGGACGGAGCGCCGGGCGGCAGGCGGGCCCUGAGGAGCCCCAGGCCUCGGCUCGUUCCCUCCUGCAGCGGGCGGUCUGAGCUCCGGCCCGACGGCCUCCCUGCACCGCCGGGAACAGACACGACGAACCCUGGGUGAGUGAGUGCUGCACGACCAACAGGCACGAUGAACGGCCACACCUCUCCUUCUGAUGUCCUGGUCAUCAAUGGCACUGAGCCACCCACUGUCCCCAAAACCUUGAAGACCGUGUUGGGAGCCAGCACCCCUUCUGGGUCCCGAGCUGAGGCCACCUCAUCCACCCAGCCCAAGAGCAUUGCUGGGGUGCUUGUGGAGGCCUCAGGCCAGACCUGGAGUCUCUAUGCUGCCAUGAAGCAGGGCCUCCUGCCCACUGGCCUUGGGCUGGCUCUGCUGGAGGCCCAGGCAGCCACUGGGGGCCUUGUGGACCCCACCCAGGGCCAGCUGCUCCCCGUGUCCGAGGCCCUGCAGCAGGGCCUAGUGGGCCUGGAGGUGAGGGAGAAGCUGUUGUUUGCUGAGUGUGCAGUCACUGGGUACCCUGACCCCUACGGGUGUGGGAGGCUGGCUCUCUUCCAGGCCAUCGGGAAGCAGGUUGUGGACAGGGCACGGGGGUGGAGCUGGCUGGAGGCCCAGCUGGCUACUGGGGGCCUGAUAGACCCCGUCCAGGGUAUGCGCAUGGCCCCAGAGCUGGCCUGCCAGCAGGGCCUCCUGGACCAGGAGGUGUGGCAGGGCCUGGCAGAGCGCAGACCCAGUUCUGGCAUUCCGGGCUUCAUGGACCCCAACACACUAGAGCAGCUGCCCUACAGCGAGCUGCUGGGGAGGUGCGUGCGGGCCCCUGGCUCAGGGCUGGCCCUGCUGCCCCUCAAGACCACUUUCCGCACCCUGAGCGGGGCAGUGAGCUUGGCUGAGCUGCUGGAGGUAGGGAUCCUAGGCGAGGGUACAGCCCAGGACCUGCGGGAGGGCAGGCUGGCUGUGGAGGAUGUGAGCACGCGAGCCGAGGUGCGCCGCUAUCUGCAGGGCACCGGUGGAAUGGCUGGUGUCGUCCUGCUGCCCUCCAACCACAAGAAGAGCUUCUUCUGGGCCAUCACUGAGCACCUGCUCCCCCUGGGCGCUGCUGUCCAGCUCCUGGAGGCUCAGGCUGCCACCUGCACACUGGUGGACCCAGCCACUGGCCGGCCACUGUGGCUGGAUGAGGCAGUAAGGGCGGGCCUCGUUGGCCCAGAGCUCUACAGGCAGCUCCUGGUGGCAGAGCAGGCGGUGACUGGGUACCAUGACCCCUUCAGUGGCACGCAGGUCCCCCUUUUCCAGGCUAUGAAGAAGGGACUGGUGGACAGGCCUCUGGCACUGCGGCUUCUGGAUGCCCAGCUGGCCACAGGCGGGCUAGUGUGUCCAUCCCGCAGGCUCCGGCUGCCCCUGGAGGCCGCUCUGCAUUUUGCCUGCCUGGACAAAGAGACAGAGCAGUGCCUCUCUCAGACCACUGGCUUCCUGGACCCCAGCACAGGGGAGAGCCUUGGUUAUGGGCAGCUGCUGGCCCGCUGUGCCACUGACCCAGAGACAGGGCUGGCCUUCCUGCCCAUCUCAGGUGGGGCCCUUGGAGAAGAGCCACAGGGGCCCCCGUUCAUUGAGCACAGCACCCGGCGGGCCUUGAGUGCGGCCAUGGCCACUGUCUCUGUGGGAAGGUUCCAGGGCCAGCCCAUGUCUCUCUGGGAGCUGCUCUUCUCCGAUGCCGUCCCAGUGGCACAAAGGGCGGCACUGGCCCAGCAGCACAAGGAGGGGGCCCUCUCAGUGGGAGAGCUGGCAUCUGCGCUGACCACUAUUCUUGAGCAGGCUGCAGCCACUGCCAGGACCACCUUUGCUGGGCUAAGGGUCCCUGUGACAUCUGGAGAGUUGCUGAAAGCAGGAAUCAUUGACAAGGAUGUGUAUGAGCAGCUGGAGCGAGGAGAGACCACAGCCCAGGAAGUGGGCAGCCUGGACUCUGUGCGGAGGUACUUGCAGGGCACCAGUGGCAUCGCUGGCCUGCUGCUGCCUGGCUCCCAGGAGCGGCUCAGCAUCUAUGACGCUGGUGGGAAGGGGCUUCUCAAGCCGGGCACAGCCCUCGUCCUCCUGGAGGCACAGGCAGCCACAGGCUUCAUUAUCGACCCAAAAGAAAACAAGAGAUAUUCUGUGGAGGAGGCGCUGAGGACUCUCGUCAUCGGGCCCAAUGUGUUCACCAAGCUGCUGUCGGCUGAGCGCGCCGUCACCGGCUACACCGACCCCUACACCGGAGAGCGGCUCUCCCUGUUCCAGGCCAUGAAGAAGGACCUCAUCGUGCGCGACCACGGCAUCCGCCUGCUGGAGGCCCAGAUCGCCACGGGCGGCAUCAUCGACCCCGUGCACAGCCACCGCCUGCCCGUGCACGUGGCCUACGAGCGUGGCUACUUCGACGAGGAGAUGAGCUGCAUCCUGGCGGACCCCGGCGAUGACACCAAAGGCUUCUUCGACCCCAAUACGCACGAGAACCUCACCUACCGGCAGCUGCUGGAGCGCUGUGUGGAGGACCCCGAGACGGGCCUGCGCCUCCUGCCACUCAACCCCACACAGCCCCAGCUGGUGGACAGUGCCACCCGGCAGGCCUUCCAGAGCCUGCUGCUGUCAGUGAAGUAUGGGCGGUUCCAGGGGCAAAGGGUCUCUGCGUGGGAGCUGGUCAACUCGGAAUACUUCAGCGAGGACCGGAGGAGGCAGCUCCUGCAGGACCACUGCCUGCACAGGGCCUCCCUGGAGCAAGUUGCACAGCUCCUAGAGAGAGACAUGGAGAGGUGGGCGGACAUCACACUGCCCACACUGAGGGGCCGAGUCACCGUCCACCAGCUCCUGGAGGCCCACAUCAUUGACCAGGAGCACCUGGACCAGGUGCUGGCAGGGGCACUCAGCCCUGAGGCCCUUCUGCGCAAGGACAGUGUCCGCAAGCACCUGAGCGGCCUGGGCGCUGUGGGUGGCGUGCUGCUGCAACCCUCCAGCCAGCGGCUCAGCCUCUACCAGGCCAUGAAGCAGAAGCUGCUGGGGCCAGGAGUGGCCCUGGCCCUGCUGGAGGCCCAGGCAGCCACUGGAGCCAUUAUUGACCCCCAUAGCCUGGAGACCCUGUCGGUGGACGAGGCUGUGUGCAGGCAGCUUGUGGGGCCAGAGCUCUAUGGCAGGCUGAGGUGGGCCGAGGGUGCCGUCACUGGAUUCAGGGACCCCUUCUCUGGGACAUGUGUGUCCCUGUUUCAGGCCAUGAAGAAGGGCCUUGUCCCUGUGGAGCAAGCCAUCUGCCUCUUGGAGGCCCAGGUAGCCACUGGAGGGGUCAUUGACCCCAUAGGCCACCACCACCUCCCCAUGCCCGUGGCCACCCAGCGUGGCUGCAUUGACCAGGAGAUGGAGACAGUCUUACUCAGCUCCUCUGAGACCUUCCCCACGCUGGACGGCCGGGGGCGCACCAGCUAUGCCCACCUCAUGGAGCAGUGUCUGAGGGAAGAGGCCUCUAGCCUUCAUCUCCUGCCCCUUCUGGAAAGCUCUCCUGCCGUCCUCACAGAUGAGCAAGUCCAGGAGACCCUGCAGGCCACACAAGGGACUGAGGAUGGCACAUCCCUCUGGGAGCUGCUGGGCUCCUGGCACUUCACCGAGCAACAGCGGAGGGGCUUCUUGGAGGACUUCAGGGUGGGGAAGACCCCUGUGCAGCAGCUGCGGGCAGCCGUGCAGAGGUGGGUGCGGGGUGCGGAGCUCCUGCUGCGGGCCCGCGUCACAGUGCCUGGCCCACGUGGUGAGCUUCCUGCCGUCCGGCUGCUGGAUGCCGGCAUCAUCACCCAGGAGACCCUGGAAGCGCUGGCUCAAGGCACCUGCUCAACUGUGGAUGUCGCUGAGCAGCCGAUGGUGAAGGACUGCCUAUGGGGCACAGGCUGUGUGGCUGGUGUGGUACUGCAGCCCUCAGGGGCCAAGGUGAGCAUUGCCCAGGCUGUGAGGGAUGGCCUCCUGCCUGUGGGCCUGGGGCACAGACUGCUGGAGGCCCAGGUCGGGUCUGGAUUUCUUGUCGAUCCUCUGACCAACCAGAGGCUGUCAGUGGAGGAUGCAGUGAAGGCUGGCCUGGUGGGCGGGGCACUGACUGAGCAGCUCCAGAGGGCCGAGCAGGCAGUGACCGGGUAUGCAGACCCUGACUCAGGGGUUUGCCUCUCACUGUGGCAGGCUAUGGGGAAGGGGCUUGUGCCCUGGAGCGAGGGCCUCCCACUCCUGCAGGUGCAGCUGGCCACAGGGGGCAUAGUGGACCCUGCCCAUGGGGUGCACCUGCCCCAGGCAGCAGCCUGUAGGCUGGGCCUCUUGGAUGAGCACACAGGCCGGGCACUGACUGCGACAGAUGAGGACAACAAGUUCUUCUUUGAUCCCAGUGCUCGGGAAAAGGUGACGUACCAGCAGCUCAAGGAGCAAUGUGUCCUGGAUGCCAGCACUGGCCUGUGGCUGUUACCACUCCCUGAGGAUGUGGUGUUGGAGGCAGACAACCACACAGUGGUAGCCCUGAAGGCCAUGAAGGUGCCUGUCUGUGCCGGGAGGUUCAGUGGUCUCGCUGUGUCUCUCUGGGACCUACUGCACUCAGAGUACAUUGGCAUUCACAAGCGGCAAGAGCUAGCAGCUCUCUGCCAGUCUGGAAGGGCCACAGCCCUGAAGUGGGUGGUCAGUGCUGUCACUGCCCUGGUUGAAGCCUCAGAGAGGCAGCCCUCAGAAACUGCCUUGAGAGGGGUCCGGAAGCAGGUGUCAGCCACUGACCUCUUCAGGUCCCAGCUGAUCAACAAGACGACGCUGGAUGAGCUGAAUCAGGGCAGGAGGACUGUGAGGGAGGCGGCAGAGAUGGACGGCAUGAGGCAGGUCGUGGAAGGAGGCAACGUCAUCGCUGGGGUCCUCAUCCAGGGCACAAAGGAGAAGAUGAGCAUCUACCAGGCCAUGUGGACGGGCGUCCUGCGACCGGGCACGGCGCUGGUGCUGCUGGAGGCGCAGGCGGCCACCGGCUUCGUCAUCGACCCCGUGCGCAACCAGAGGCUGUCCGUGGAGGAGGCGGUGGCCGCGGGUGUGGUGGGCGGCGAGAUCCGGGAGAAGCUGCUGUCGGCCGAGCGCGCCGUCACCGGAUACACCGACCCCUACACCGGCGAGCGGCUCUCCCUGUUCCAGGCCAUGAAGAAGGACCUCAUUGUGUGGGACCAUGGCAUCCACCUGCUGGAGGCCCAGAUCGCCACAGGCGGCAUCAUCGACCCCGUGCACAGCCACCGCCUGCCCGUGCACGUGGCCUAUGAGCGUGGCUACUUCGAUGAGGAGAUGAGCCGCAUCCUGGCGGACCCCGGCGACAACACCAGGGGCUUCUUCGACCCCAACACACACGAGAACCUCACCUACCGGCAGCUGCUGGAGCGCUGCGUGGAGGACCCCGAGACAGGCCUCUACAUGCUGCAAAUUGUAAAGAAAGGAGAAACCUACACAUGUAUUGAUGAAGCCACAAGGCAAGUUCUGCAAUCCAAAACUCUGGAAAUGCAUGUGGGAAGGUUUGCUGGUCAGAUGGUCUCUUUCUGGGACCUGCUGUCCUCCGAAUACUUCACAGAGGACAGGAAGCAGGAGCUUGUUCAGGAGAUCAGAGCCCAGAAUGUGAACACAGAGCAAUUGGUGGCAAUCAUCAGAGCUACAGUUGAAGAGACAGAAAAGCAAAACGCGGUCAUCAAGGUGGCAGGCAUUGGCGGGGAGGUGACAGCUGCAGAGUUAUUCAGCUCUGGAAUCAUUGAUAAAAAGAUGCUGGAUACCCUGUGCAGAGAGAAAGGCAGAGGGCAGGACCUCGGAAGGCUGGAGCACGUGAAGGGCUAUUUGGAAGGAAGGGGCUGCAUCGCAGGGGUGACCACACCCUCCACACAUGAGGCGAUGAGCUUCUAUGAGGCCAGUAGAAGAGGGCUGAUCCCCAUCGGGUUUGCAGCCCAGCUCCUAGAGGCACAGGCGGCCACAGGAUUCAUACUGGACCCUUGCACCCACCGGAGGUUUUCUGUGCACGAGGCUGUGGCUGCUGGACUGGUUGGGACAGAGUUGAAGGGGAGGCUCCUAGAUGCUGAGAAGGCUGCCAAAGGUUACGUGGACCCGGCCACUGGAGACGCCCUCUCCCUGUUCCAGGCCAUGAAACGGAAAUUAGUCGACUGGGAGGAGGGGCUUAGACUGCUCGAGGUGCAGGUGGCCACGGGGGGCAUUGUUGACCCCCUGCACCACGACCGGGUCCCGCUGGACACAGCCUACACACGUGGCUGUCUGGCCCAGGACAUGAGUGCACUUGUAUCGGAUCAUAAAUGCAUAAAUAAAAGGUUUGUGGAUCCCAACACCCAAGAGAAGGUCACAUACCAGGAGCUACAGGAGAGGAGCACGCGGGCACCAGGGACAGGCUGGGCUCUGUUCCCUGUCGUCGGCAGAGGGAAGGACUGCACGUACAUAGAAGAGGCGACAAGAAGAGCGCUUGAGGCUGAGUGGGUGGAAGUCACCAAGGGAAGGUACAAAGACCAAAAGCCGUCAGUGUGGGAUCUUUUGAACACCAGAUAUGUGACAGAGGACAAGAAGCUUCAGAUAGCAGGAAAGUACAGAUCGGACUUCAGACAUGCACUAGACCAUGUGGCAAAAAUUAUUUCAGAAAUAAUCAAUGAAAAGGAGAAGAAUGAAAAACAAUUAUGGUUCAGAGGGAUUCGAAGACAGAUCACAGCCUCUGAGCUGUUACAUUCAGAUAUCAUCACCAAAAGGACACUAGAGGAACUGGAAAGAGGACAUCGGUCACUGGAAGACCUUAAAAACACCAAAGAGCUUAAAAGCUACCUGGAGGGCACGAGCUGCAUCGCGGGCGUGCUGGCGCCCGCCAAGGACGAGCCCGGGCGGCAGGAGAAGAUGAGCGUCUACCAGGCCAUGUGGAAGGGCGUCCUGCGGCCGGGCACGGCCCUGGUGCUGCUGGAGGCGCAGGCGGCCACCGGCUUCGUCAUCGACCCCGUGCGCAACCAGAGGCUGUCCGUGGAGGAGGCGGUGGCCGCGGGCGUGGUGGGCGGCGAGAUCCGGGAGAAGCUGCUGUCGGCCGAGCGCGCCGUCACCGGCUACACCGACCCCUACAGCGGCGAGCGGCUCUCCCUGUUCCAGGCCAUGAAGAAGGACCUCAUCGUGCGCGACCACGGCAUCCGCCUGCUGGAGGCCCAGAUCGCCACGGGCGGCAUCAUCGACCCCGUGCACAGCCACCGCCUGCCCGUGCACGUGGCCUACGAGCGCGGCUACUUCGACGAGGAGAUGAGCCGCGUCCUGGCGGACCCCGGCGACGACACCAGGGGCUUCUUCGACCCCAGCACGCACGAGAACCUCACCUACCGGCAGCUGCUGGAGCGCUGCGUGGAGGACCCCGAGACGGGCCUCUACAUGCUGCAGCUGGCCGGCCGGGACUCCGCCGUGCACCAGCUGAGCGAGGAGCUGCGCGGCGCCCUGCGUGACGCCCGCGUGACGCCGGGCUCGGGCGCCCUGCAGGGCCAGAGCCUCUCCGUCUGGGAGCUCCUCUUCCAUCGGGAGGUUCCCGAGAGCCUGCGGCAGGACCUGCUGCUCAGGUACCAGGCGGGCACGCUGACCGCGCAGGGGGUGGCCGCCGCCCUCGCCUCGCUGCCGGCCCGGGCCGAGGACGGGGUCCCGCUCCCGGCCCCCCCGGACCCUCGGGGGGCCCUGAGUGCCGCCACCAUGGAGGUCAAGGUGGGACGCCUGCGGGGGCCGGCGCAGCCCGUGUGGGACGUGCUGGCGUCCAGCUACGUGGGCGGCGCCACGCGGGAGCAGCUGCUGGCCCAGUUCGGCUCGGGGACGCUGGGCUUGCCCGCGCUGACCCGCCGGCUGACCGCCAUCAUCGAGGAGGCCGAGGCGGCCCACGGGUCCGAGCACGCACAGGGGCACGCCUCCUCCGACCCGCAGGAGCCCGACCCGCUCGGUCGUGGUGACGGCGACGCCCGGCCCUCUGCGGGCGGGGCCGACGCCCAGGCCGCCGGCCGCCUGCGGGAGCAGGCCCUGCGUGCCGCCACCAUGGAGGUGCACGCCGGGCAGUUCCGGGGCCAGCGGGUCUCCGUGUGGGACGUCCUCUCCUCCUCCUACCUGAGCCAGGCCCGCCGGGAUGAGCUCCUGGCCCAGCACGCGGCCGGCGCCCUGGCCCUGCCCGCCCUCGUCGCCACCCUCACCCAGGUCAUCGAGGAGGCGGAGGAGCGGCUGAGCAAACUGUCCUUCCGGGGCCUGAGGCGCCAGGUGUCGGCGUCCGAGCUGCGCACGUCCGGGAUCCUGGGCCCCGAGACCCUGCGGGACCUGGCCCAGGGCACCAAGACCCCGCAGGAGGUGACGGAGAUGGACUCGGUCAAGCGCUACCUGGAGGGCACGAGCUGCAUCGCGGGCGUGCUGGCGCCCGCCAAGGACGAGCCCGGGCGGCAGGAGAAGAUGAGCGUCUACCAGGCCAUGUGGAAGGGCGUCCUGCGGCCGGGCACGGCCCUGGUGCUGCUGGAGGCGCAGGCGGCCACCGGCUUCGUCAUCGACCCCGUGCGCAACCAGAGGCUGUCCGUGGAGGAGGCGGUGGCCGCGGGCGUGGUGGGCGGCGAGAUCCGGGAGAAGCUGCUGUCGGCCGAGCGCGCCGUCACCGGCUACACCGACCCCUACAGCGGCGAGCGGCUCUCCCUGUUCCAGGCCAUGAAGAAGGACCUCAUCGUGCGCGACCACGGCAUCCGCCUGCUGGAGGCCCAGAUCGCCACGGGCGGCAUCAUCGACCCCGUGCACAGCCACCGCCUGCCCGUGCACGUGGCCUACGAGCGCGGCUACUUCGACGAGGAGAUGAGCCGCGUCCUGGCGGACCCCGGCGACGACACCAGGGGCUUCUUCGACCCCAGCACGCACGAGAACCUCACCUACCGGCAGCUGCUGGAGCGCUGCGUGGAGGACCCCGAGACGGGCCUCUACAUGCUGCAGCUGGCCGGCCGGGACUCCGCCGUGCACCAGCUGAGCGAGGAGCUGCGCGGCGCCCUGCGUGACGCCCGCGUGACGCCGGGCUCGGGCGCCCUGCAGGGCCAGAGCCUCUCCGUCUGGGAGCUCCUCUUCCAUCGGGAGGUUCCCGAGAGCCUGCGGCAGGACCUGCUGCUCAGGUACCAGGCGGGCACGCUGACCGCGCAGGGGGUGGCCGCCGCCCUCGCCUCGCUGCCGGCCCGGGCCGAGGACGGGGUCCCGCUCCCGGCCCCCCCGGACCCUCGGGGGGCCCUGAGUGCCGCCACCAUGGAGGUCAAGGUGGGACGCCUGCGGGGGCCGGCGCAGCCCGUGUGGGACGUGCUGGCGUCCAGCUACGUGGGCGGCGCCACGCGGGAGCAGCUGCUGGCCCAGUUCGGCUCGGGGACGCUGGGCUUGCCCGCGCUGACCCGCCGGCUGACCGCCAUCAUCGAGGAGGCCGAGGCGGCCCACGGGUCCGAGCACGCACAGGGGCACGCCUCCUCCGACCCGCAGGAGCCCGACCCGCUCGGUCGUGGUGACGGCGACGCCCGGCCCUCUGCGGGCGGGGCCGACGCCCAGGCCGCCGGCCGCCUGCGGGAGCAGGCCCUGCGUGCCGCCACCAUGGAGGUGCACGCCGGGCAGUUCCGGGGCCAGCGGGUCUCCGUGUGGGACGUCCUCUCCUCCUCCUACCUGAGCCAGGCCCGCCGGGAUGAGCUCCUGGCCCAGCACGCGGCCGGCGCCCUGGCCCUGCCCGCCCUCGUCGCCACCCUCACCCAGGUCAUCGAGGAGGCGGAGGAGCGGCUGAGCAAACUGUCCUUCCGGGGCCUGAGGCGCCAGGUGUCGGCGUCCGAGCUGCGCACGUCCGGGAUCCUGGGCCCCGAGACCCUGCGGGACCUGGCCCAGGGCACCAAGACCCCGCAGGAGGUGACGGAGAUGGACUCGGUCAAGCGCUACCUGGAGGGCACGAGCUGCAUCGCGGGCGUGCUGGCGCCCGCCAAGGACGAGCCCGGGCGGCAGGAGAAGAUGAGCGUCUACCAGGCCAUGUGGAAGGGCGUCCUGCGGCCGGGCACGGCCCUGGUGCUGCUGGAGGCGCAGGCGGCCACCGGCUUCGUCAUCGACCCCGUGCGCAACCAGAGGCUGUCCGUGGAGGAGGCGGUGGCCGCGGGCGUGGUGGGCGGCGAGAUCCGGGAGAAGCUGCUGUCGGCCGAGCGCGCCGUCACCGGCUACACCGACCCCUACAGCGGCGAGCGGCUCUCCCUGUUCCAGGCCAUGAAGAAGGACCUCAUCGUGCGCGACCACGGCAUCCGCCUGCUGGAGGCCCAGAUCGCCACGGGCGGCAUCAUCGACCCCGUGCACAGCCACCGCCUGCCCGUGCACGUGGCCUACGAGCGCGGCUACUUCGACGAGGAGAUGAGCCGCGUCCUGGCGGACCCCGGCGACGACACCAGGGGCUUCUUCGACCCCAGCACGCACGAGAACCUCACCUACCGGCAGCUGCUGGAGCGCUGCGUGGAGGACCCCGAGACUGGUCUCCUCUUUCUCACUGUGUGUUUUGAUUGAAUGGUGAAUGUCUGGGCAGAGGAAAUGCCAGGCAAAAUCCGUCUAAAAAUCGGUAUAUGUGAAAGUCAGGUAUAAAGUUUUCAAAACCCA